AUGGGACUUACUGCCGAGCUUCUCUACUAUUCCCGGGAUAUGAUUCAGAAGGGUCCCAGUGGAGGCAAAAGUGAGGGCAGGGAGCGCCAGGAGCUUCCAUCGUUUCCGAUCCCGUCGUUUGUUGACGUGGCUCAUCUGGUCUCGGGGGAGAACCCAAAGCGGCUGCAAGAAUAG